CCCCCCCAAAAGAUGUCAGCGUCCUACUGUCCCUAUCCCUCACGGAAAAAGCGAAAUUGCUGCAAAACAAAAGAGUAGGCUAGUCCUUUACACACCAAAAUGACAUGUCCGAACAACGUGGCAGCGGGAUCGUUUCUAAUGGAUUCGUUAGUCGGCGGUUCAUCUCCUUACAGAGGUGAGGGUUACUCCGCCAACUCCGGGAUGUAUAUGCAAACGGCUGCAGACUAUGGCUGCUCAAUGAUGAGAAAUUUCGGUAUUCUGGGCGCACCUCUGUCUAAACGGGAUGAGCUUUCACCAACCAGCCUCUCCCUGAGCGCUUACCACCACUCGCAUUACCUGUCACAGCGGGACGCCUGGGGAACGGCUGCGAAAACUUACAGGAAUGGACAACCUGUUGCCCAGGCUUUGCAUCCGUGUUCGUUUGCGACAAGCAAUGUCAAAGAAGAAGACAUUUCUUGUGUAUUUCAAGCUGAUACGGAUAGGUCUAAAGACUCAAACGAGUCGUCUACUACGUACAUACGACUGGGAGACAAUACCAGGCAGACGGAUCAAAGCACGGUCGCUGCGCAAGACUAUUUCCGCGGAGGCCAAGUAUAUUCUACCCAGGGAGGACAACAAGGAGGUGGGUUUGGAACAGAUUUUCCCUCUAUGCCCAGAAUAACAUCGCCCAUUGAGACCCCAUCGUCAGAUGAGUCUGUCAAUAGAAGCAAGCCCAAGCAGGGCAGUACUGAUGAUGAGACGAAAGCUGAGGAGCAUGAUACCAACCAAGGGCAACCUAGGAAAGAGGAUAAUGGCCCUAAGACGGACAGCUGUACAGAUGACUCAGAAAAUGAACUGAAAGAUGAGGAUCGAUUGGAAAAGACAACUGGAAACUGGCUUAAGGCAAAAAGUGGAAGAAAGAAGAGAUGCCCAUACACAAAGUACCAGACUCUCGAGCUUGAGAAGGAGUUCUUGUUCAACAUGUACUUGACCCGUGAGCGCCGCCUGGAGAUCAGCAAGAGUAUCAACCUUACUGAUAGACAGGUCAAAAUAUGGUUCCAAAAUCGAAGGAUGAAACUGAAGAAGCUAAAUAGAGAGAGCCGAGUUCGUGAGCUAACAGGCUACAAUUUCCAUUAAAUUGAUGUGCGAACACACAAACACACACACACACACACACACACACACACGCAUACACGCGCGUUCGAGCAUGUGGAUUAUGAUCCGGGAUUGGGAGAUUUAUGCGGAUGACACAAACACAAUUCUGUUUACAUAAUUCUAAAGAAACCUUUACAAUUAAUAUCAGCUUGACUUGGUCCUGUACAAAGCCUGAAUAAGACAUUGACCUCAUAGUGUAAAUAGCCGUCAUACGGAAUAUUGAUUGCCCAGAAAGUAAACUUUACGCAUUUUUUUUGUAUAAGAUGCCCUCAACAUUCUUAUAAUGUCUUUUGUGAGUUUAUAUGUUGUAAGUGUCGCAUACAAUUUGCACGAUGUAUUCUGCAUGUACAUUGUUUUAUUCUUAUGCAUUUAUUAUUUGGUGACUAAAAUAUCAUGUGAUUCCUUUCAAAGGAUCAUAAUAAUAAUAAACUAGGGGUUGGCCAAAAUAA